CCUCUCCAAGACUGAGGGGCGUUAUUGGGGCCUGCAUCAGCUCACUUUGGCCAAAGACCUGGAUCUUUCUUUCAGGCACAGCUCUCCUCUCACCCCGGUUCUGGGACCUGACGGCUGCUGGGACAGUGUAACUUCUCCUCAAGUCUUCACCCUCUUGGACAGCCCCUCUCCGGUCACCACUGCUCAGGUCAACGGAGGCAUGGACGGCAUUGUUCUAGGGAUGGAAGCCAAAUCCAGACGUCCUCGCAAGCUCAGCAGUCUGCUGACAGAGUACUACUGCCACCAACUGGACAGGGAAGGACUGGACGUCGCUCCACGCCUCAUCAGCCGGCACCGCAGGGAGAACUUCAGAGGGCUGGUUAGCCGUCCAGUGCUGAUCAGACAGGUGUUGAAAUCACAAGAGCUGAUGCGGAAGUUGGUGGGUCGUCGAUUGAUGAGGGUGAGCCAACUGAGGCCUAUGGUGAAAGAGGGAAUGAGAGAGUUUGUCCAGAAGUACAUCGAGUGCCCACCUAUCAUACCUCGCUGUAUGUGGGGUGCAGAGCCGUACAGAGGAAACCCCACCAACCUUUCUCUUCCUCUCUCCUUCCUGUACAUCCACCACACUCACACACCGGGCAAGCCCUGUCUGACCUUCCAGCAGUGCUCUGCAGACAUGCGCUCCAUGCAGCGCUUCCACCAGGAGGAUAGAGGUUGGGACGACAUAGGAUACAGCUUUGUCGCAGGCUCUGACGGGUACAUCUACGAGGGUCGAGGCUGGCACUGGCGAGGAGCCCACACCCUCGGACACAAUUCCAUAGGCUACGGUGUUUCCUUCAUCGGAGACUACAUGACGACUCUGCCCUCCCAGCAUUCCAUGGGGCUGGUGAGAGAUAAGCUGGCAACCUGCGCUGUUAGUGGUGGGCGACUGGUGGCCAACUUCACCCUGCAGGGGCACCGACAGGUGGUGAACACUUCCUGUCCGGGAGACGCUUUGUAUAAUGAGAUCAGAGGCUGGAAACACUUUGGGGAGGUCAAGAAAUGAAAAUGGUCUACUUGACAAGCGGAGGAGCCUUGGCUGAACCAAAACUGAACACAAUAAAUAUUUGUCUUAUUCUUA